AUGGCUGCUAAUGGAAAAUUGGCUCUGCUUAGUGUAUCAGACAAGACCGGUUUGAUACCACUGGCCAAAUGCCUAUCAGAUAUAGGUCUAGGAUUGGUAGGAAGUGGUGGUACCGCUACAGCUCUCCGUAAUGCUGGGCUUAAAGUAUUGGAUGUGUCUGAUAUAACUGGAGCUCCAGAGAUGCUCGGAGGAAGAGUGAAGUCACUCCACCCAGCAGUACAUGCUGGUAUUCUAUCAAGGCUCACAGAUUCCGAUCAAGCAGACAUGAAACGCCAGAAGUUUGAAAUGAUAAGCGUGGUUGUGUGCAAUCUGUACCCAUUUGUGGAGACAAUAUCUAAACCUAACGUCACAAUACCUGAUGCGGUAGAAAAUAUUGAUAUUGGUGGUGUGACGCUCUUGAGAGCAGCCGCUAAAAAUCACGAUAGAGUGACGGUAGUAUGCGAUCCAUCGGACUAUGACGUAGUUAUGAAAGAAUUGAAGGAGAGUAACGACCACCAAACCUCCUUAGAGACCAGACAAAAGCUGGCCUUGAAAGCUUUCACCCACACUUCACAAUACGACACUCACAUUUCGGACUAUUUCCGUAAGCAAUAUUCCGCGGGACAAUCACAGAUGACCUUGAGAUAUGGUAUGAACCCUCAUCAAAAGCCAGCUCAAGUAUUUGUUACCGAUGACCGUCUACCGUUGACAACCUUGAACGGUUCACCCGGUUUCAUCAACCUCUGUGACGCACUGAACGCCUGGCAGCUGGUCAUUGAACUCAAGGAGGCGCUAGGUUUGCCAGCAGCUACAAGUUUCAAACACGUCUCACCGGCUGGAGCUGCGAUUGGGCUGCCCUUAAACGAAGAGGAGGCAUCAGUAUGUAUGGUGUCAGAUCUACUUCCAAAAUUGUCUCCCCUCGCGUGUGCGUACGCCAGAGCUCGUGGGGCUGACAGAAUGAGUUCUUUUGGAGACUUCAUAGCUAUAUCAGAUGAAUGUGACGAGAUCACAGCCAGGAUUAUAUCUCGAGAAGUAUCUGAUGGUAUCAUCGCUCCCGGAUACUCACCAGCCGCCUUGGACAUCCUUAAGAAAAAGAAAGGUGGCAAUUACUGCGUCCUUCAGAUGGAUCCCAAAUACACUCCAGCUUUAAUGGAACAAAAGACAAUAUUCGGUUUGACUCUCGAACAGAGACGUAAUGACGCGAAGAUAACUCCUGAUCUGUUCAAGAAUGUUGUCACCAACGAAAAGUCCCUACCGCCUAACGCGGUUAGGGAUCUCAUAGUGGCAACCAUCGCUCUCAAAUACACACAAAGCAACUCUGUGUGCUUCGCUAGAGAUGGACAAGUUAUAGGUAUCGGUGCGGGUCAACAGUCGAGGAUCCACUGCACUCGUCUCGCAGGAGGCAAGGCUGGCUUGUGGUGGACAAGAAGACAUCCCAAGGUCACUGACAUGAGGUUCAAGAAGAACGUCACCAGAGCCGUCAUAUCUAACGCCAUUGAUAACUAUGUCAAUGGCACCAUAGGUUCCGACUUGCCUCUGGACCAAUGGAACAGUCUCUUCGAAGGUGAACCUCCAGCGUUACUAACUCCUGAGGAAAGAGACGCUUGGAUCAAAAAAAUGGACAAAGUAGCUCUCGCAUCUGACGCGUUCUUCCCGUUCAGAGAUAAUAUUGAUAGAGCGGUCCAGUGCGGUGUUGAAUACAUCGGCAGUCCGUCCGGCUCAAACAACGAUAAGGAAGUUAUAGAUGCCUGCAACGAACAUAAAAUAAUUCUAGCUCACACAAAUUUGAGACUUUUCCAUCACUAA